GCGGGCGGCGGGGGCUACUCCUACUCCCGCUACUAACUCUCUCUGCUGCUCUCUAGCAAGUCUCUUCCUGGAUUUGAAGUCCAUAGCUGAUACGUUCUGAAGAUGAGCUACCCAGGAUACCCUCCUCAGUCCGGUGGAUACCCACAACAGCCAGGGGGUUACCCAUCUCAACCAGGGGCAUAUCCACCCCAAGCAGGCGGCUACCCUCCAGCAGCAGGCGGCUACCCUCCAGCAGCCGGGGGCUACCCUCCAGCAGCAGGAGGCUACCCCCCACAGGCAGGCGGAUACCCACCUCAGGCUGGCGGCUACCCUCCCGCAGCAGGAGGCUACCCCCCACAGGCAGGCGGCUACCCACCUCAGGCUGGUGGUUACCCUCCUGCAGCAGGCGGUUACCCUCCCCAGGCUGGUGGUUACCCUGCCCCAGCUGGAGGCUUCCCUCCCCAGGCAGGAGGAUACCCAGCACAGUCUGGAGCAGGAGGCUAUCCCUCCAUGCCUCCAGGAGGUGGAGGCUGGGGUGCAGCACCAGGCGGCCAUGGAGUGCCAGGAGGAGCUCAGCAGGGAUACCCAGGGGGCCCCGCCCCAGGCCAACCCAUGCCAAAUUACCCAGGAGCCCCCGCGACUAACCCCUCAAUGCCUGGAUAUGGAGGUGGAGCUCCGUCCAACCCUCAGGCACCUGCCAUUUCUCAAGGAUACAGGGGUUCUAUUAAAGACUUUCCAGGAGCUGAUCCACUGAGGGAUGUUGAGGUUCUUCGAAAAGCUAUGAAGGGUUUUGGCACUGAUGAAAAAGCCAUUAUUGAACUUCUGGGAAGUCGUACCAACAAGCAGAGGGUUCCAAUGGUAGCAGCGUACAAAACAACUUAUGGGAAGGAUUUAUGCAAAGAUCUGAAGUCUGAGCUCACUGGAAACUUUGAGAAACUUGUUCUUGCUAUGAUGAAGAGCCCUUCACACUUUGAUGCAUCUGAACUCCGAGAGGCUAUAAAGGGUGCAGGAACUGAUGAAGCUUGUCUGAUUGAGAUUCUUUCAUCACGCUCCAAUGCAGAAAUUCGGGAAAUCACCAGAAUCUACAAAGCUGAGUACGGGAAGAGCCUGGAGGAUGCCAUCAGCAGCGACACCUCCGGUCACUUCCGCAGACUUCUGAUCUCUCUCUCUCAGGGUAAUCGUGACGAAAGGGAAGUGGUUGAUGUUGCCAUGGCCAAACAGGACGCUCAGAAACUGUAUGCUGCUGGGGAAAAUAAAGUAGGAACUGAUGAGUCUCAGUUCAAUGCCAUCCUGUGUGCUCGCAGCAAGCCUCACCUUCGAGCAGUCUUCCAGGAGUACCAGCAGAUGUGUGGGAGAGACAUUGAGAAGAGCAUCUGCAGGGAAAUGUCUGGCAAUGUGGAGUCUGGCAUGGUGGCUGUGGUGAAAUGCAUCAGGAACACCCCUACCUACUUUGCAGAAAGGCUCAACAAGGCCAUGAAGGGAGCAGGGACCAAGGACACAACCCUCAUCCGCAUCAUGGUGUCCCGCUCUGAGGUAGAUAUGUUGGACAUCAGACAGGCGUAUGUGAAGGCUUACGGAAAAUCACUGUACACUGACAUCUCAGGUGAUACCUCCGGGGAUUACCAGAAGCUGCUGUUGAAGCUGUGUGGAGGUAACGACUAAAAGAAAAGGAAGAUGACCCUUCAUAAGGACAAAAUAUAUGUCCACACUAAAAUCAUUGUUUUAGGACCAUAUAUCACCUCUGAUGCAUGCAGUUGAAGUUAGUUUUCCUAUGAAAACAGCCAAUCAUUAUUUUUACUUUUGUAUUCUCUUUAGUGUCAUGAUAGAUUAAUAUUUAGCUACUGUAUGUAGUAGAUGAUUGCCAAAAAGUAAAUAUAUAUUAAUAAGAAGAUUUUUUUUUAAAGACACAGUCAAUAGCUUUGUCAUUAUUGGGUAAAAGGUGGGGUCUUGAAGCAAAAAGUGGGUGCCUGAAAAUAUCCUACUUGAUAAAGAAAUUAACUAUACUAACUAUAUUAUAGAAUAGUAUUUAAAAUGGCCAAAAAAUUGCUAAACUGUAAUUAUCAUUAAAGAAACUUUAUUUGGAAGAACAAUAGUUUAAGAAAAAUUGAAGAAGUAAGACAAGGCGAGUGUCUCAUUUAUCUACUAUACAAAGUACAUAUAUAGGGAAAUAUUUAGCACAUGCAUUACUUCUGUGUUACUGAGGUGAUGUGUACCUCACCGCCAAGAAUUUCAACUGUGUACAAGUUAAUAUGUAAUGUAAAAUAUAUACUGAGACUAAGUUUCAGCAAAUUACGCAUUACUUAAUUUCACCCAGCAUAUAUAUGACCAUUUAAUGCUUGUUAAACGUGCCACAAUUAAAUUCCAGGUAAUUAGUGAAUGUAAGAAGUAAUCUGCAACAAAAAGGCAUCUCUCUAUUUUCAGCGUCCAUGUUAUCUAACCAGAAUUUUACUCCUGCUUGCAACUCUAUGCAAAUUAGCUUUUCACAUUAUAUCCUCUAUAUCAGCUUUACAAAACUCUUCUGUGUUCUUGAAAUGUAAACUUUUUCCAAUCAUUGUUCAACAUGUGCAGACAAUGUUGCCUUUUUCCUGAAUGCUGAAAAGCCAAAGCCUAAAGACAAAUUAUGUUGUGCCUUGUGGUUUAUCUUGCAAACAAUAUAUAAUUAUACUUGCACAGCUGCAGAAAUGUAAUCAUUUACAUUGUUUAGUUGCCAAUAUUUUGUUUACAUAUUUUAAUAGUCCUUUACUGGUUUUUAUGUUUUACUGCCUGUAGAGGGCUCUUGAUUCUGCUGCCAGUUUGGCUUUAAGCUGAAUAUCUGUUGCACUAACUCUACUUUACAAUCAUACUUUUAACAUAAUGAUGGUUAAAAUUCAACUGAUGCCUUUUUAAUGUUCUAACAAAUUGCCAUGUCAUAGUCCCAGUCUCUUGAGACUUACAAACAGCCACUUUUCAUUUAAAUAAAAUAAAAAACAACAACAUUUUGGCAUA